GUCGCAGAGCAGUUCGAGUCGGUGGUCUGCGGCAGUGGGGUGCGUGUAUUGCCGAACGGACCGCUGGGUGUCGCGUGUGCGCGCCGAGUGUCAAGUGAGUGCCUCAGUCUGGUGAAGCGGUGAUGACGGAGUGUCGAGCAGGCGAUAGUUCUCCGGGAGGGGGCGGUGCGGACCCCCGACUGCCGGACCCUUCUGCCGGGGCGGCCACAGACUUGCGGGGGGCGCCGGGCCCGGGUGAGGCGGACAAUCAUGCUCAGCCGGCCGCGGGGGACGCACCGGCGGCCGACGGCGCCGACUCGGACACCUCACAGGUGGAGGAUGAUCGGGCACAGGUGCCGGCGGCGUGGUCAGUGCCGACGAGCCGGCCGCCGUCGGCGCGCGCCAACCGGCGCUUCACCGUGACCAAGCUGGCCGAGGGCGAGGGACCGUCGUCUCCGCCGCCUCGGCACCACCCUCCGCCCAUUUUUGUGUCGUCCGCCUCGGCCCCGGCCACGGCGCCGGCGCCGGUUCAGGUUGACUCGGGUGUGACUCCGUUCGACUCGGCGGCCGACUCAGGGGACACUGACGGCUGGGACUACGGGCCGGCCGCGGACCCUCCGGCCGCCGGCGCCGGGUCGGCGGGCACGGCAGGGUCGGUGAGCACGGCGGUCGUGUCGCCGGCCGUGUCGGGACUGGGUGUCCCUCGUGUCCCCGGGGCGCCGGGCUGCCGGUGCUCGCAGACCCUGCCGCCGCCGGCAGCGCCGGCCGGCAGUGGGGCGCCGCCUCCCGUCCGGGCACCAGCCGUGGCCGGUCUGGCGGCGGGCGUGCUGGCCGGCCUGCCGGGCGUGCGGGCCGCGCACUACGCCACCAUGCAGCCGGGCCUGGGCGGCGUGCCGCCCACUGCGUACUACCAGCCGGUGCCGCGGCAGCCGCUGCUAGCCACCGGCCACUCGGCCACGCUGGCCGCCGGUCUGGCGGGCUCUGCGCGUCUCCAGCAGGCGGUGCAGAGCCGGCUGGCGGCCGGCACCAGCUCGGUGCACCCGCGCCUCCAGCCCAGCCACCCGCUGUACCGGCGGCUGGCGGCGGCCGACUACAACCCGGCGCACACCAUAUCGUACGGCCACUCGGACGGCCGCCAGCUGACGGUGCGCCGCCUGCUCGACUGGGAGCUGCCCGACCUGCACACCGUCCGUAAGUACACAAGCGAUGCCGAGAGUGACUCGGAUGCCGACUCGGUCUUCUCGGUGGUGCCGACCCACCGGGGGGCGAGGGGUCGCACCACGUGGACCAACAAGGUGGAGUUCAUCCUGGCUUGUCUGGGCUACGCCGUCGGCCUGGGCAACCUGUGGAGGUUUCCCUAUCUCUGCUACAAGUCGGGAGGAGGCGCGUUUUUCAUUCCAUAUCUUAUCAUGAUGGUGGUUUGCAGCAUUCCCCUGUUGUUGAUGGAGCUCACCAUUGGACAGUUCACCCGGCAAGGGCCAGUGGGGGCCAUGGGGCGGCUCUGUCCACUCUUUAAAGGUGCCGGGGUCGCUCCCGUGGUCAUCUCCUUCAUCUUCUGCACCUACUACAACGUGGUGAUCGGCUGGGCGCUCUACUACCUGUUCAGCUCGUUCAGCAGCACCCUGCCGUGGACGACGUGCGGCAACUCCACGUGGGGCUGUGAGGACUCGCCCCUGAACCGGUCACUGACCGCCGCGGCUAAUGCUACACAAGGGCUCGUCGCAGACGACGGACUGUGGUCGGGCAACGCGUCGGCGGCGAUGUUCGCCAAUAUGUCGUCGGCGCUGGGGAACGAUUCAGUGUUCCACACGGCACGGAAGUCGGCGGCGCUGGCCACAACUCCCGAGGAGGUGUUUUUCAGCCACCGGGUGCUGGAGAUCUCCAGCGGGGUGUCCGACCUGGGCACGAUCCGGAUCCCGCUGAUGCUGACGCUGCUGCUCGCCUGGGUCCUCGUCUACUUCUCCAUCUGGAAGUCCAUCAGGUCCUCCGGCAAGGUGGUGUAUGUCACGGUGAUUGCGCCCUACCUGCUGCUGACGGCCUUCCUGUGGCGCGCGCUGACCCUGGAGGGCGCCUCGACCGGCAUCCGCUACCUGUUCCAGCCGCACUGGCAGCUGCUGGCCGACUCCAAGGUCUGGGUGAACGCUCUAGCGCAGAACUUCAACUCAGUCGGCAUCGGGUUCGGCACGAUGAUCACGUUCGCUAGCUACAACAAGUUCGAGAACAGGACGAUCCUGAUGGAUACCAUGGUGAUCAUCCUGGCCAACCUGUUGACCAGCGUAUUCGCCGGCAUCAUCGUGUUCGCCACACUGGGAAACAUCGCCAUGGAGCUGGGCAGGCCCAUUCAGAAGGUGGUCGUUGACGGUCCCGGCCUGGUAUACGUGGUGUACCCGAAGGCGCUGGCCAGUAUGCCAUUCCCGCAGCUCUGGUCCGUGCUAUUCUUCUUCAUGCUGCUCUGCCUCGGCCUGGACAGCCAGUUUGCCACACUGGAGGUGGUGAUUACGUCUCUGCAGGACGGCUACAGCGGCCUGGUGAAACGGUACCUGAAACGCCACGAGCUGCUCGUACUGGUCAUUUGCCUGCUGUCCUUCGGCCUCGGACUGCCCUACGUCACACAGGGCGGCAUGUACGUGUUCCAGCUGAUGGACUACAACGUCACCAACACGUCACUCAUCCUGCUGGCGCUGUUCGAGGUCGUGACGCUGGCCUGGGUGUACGGCACCGAGAGGCUCAACCAGGACUUCCUGGCCAUGACCGGCAAACGGUUCUCCAACUACUUCAUCGUCUGUCUCAAGUUCCUGGCGCCGCUGCUGAUUCUGGCCAUCUGGGUGUUCAGUCUGAUCGACCACGAGCCGCUGACGUACGGGCCGUACGACUACCCCGAGUGGGCGUCCCGACUCGGCUGGCUGCUGGUGGCGCUGCCCGUACUGCCCAUCCCCGUGUGCGCCGUCCUGGCCCUCUGGCGGGCUGAGGGAGACACUUUCAUGGAGCGGCUGAAAGCUUCAGUACAGCCGGACCGCCGCGUGCGGCGCGACCUCGGCUUUGAGCCGACAGUGGACGGUCCUGAUUACGGGGACCACCCGGAGCUGUACUUCGAGAUGUCCCCCAUCGCGCCCCAGAUUCCCUACUCGGCCGUCAACGGGGACACCGACAGCAAAUAGAGAGAGCACAGAGUGAGCAGAUGUGGAGCGUGUGUUGGUCACCGCCGCGGCAGUGCUGGCGGAAAACGGCGUGAUCGUGAGACGCAGGAAAUGUUCGAAGGUAUAUGCUAGUUACGGAUAACGCUCCAAGACUGAUUGAGUAGGAAGUGCCUGGUGUAUGAAGCAGUGAGCCUGAGGUGCCGCUGGUUAUUUGCAUAGCUGGUGUACUUGCCUUAGUUGCUGGUAGACGAUGACAUUUCCAUGUUUACACGUUGCCAGACUUUUGCUCUCAACAUGGCCUUGCAGGGCUUGAGAUGUUAGAUGUACAUAUUUAGGAUGAAGCUGGGCCAAUUGUGAGCGUAGAGCUUGUGUAUUGUCACGCGAGAUUACAAUUAUUCCGUGGUACAGGUAUAAGCGUGCCAUCCGGCUGUUCGUAGUUAAGCCGUUUAGCGUAGUGAGUGUGUAACUGUGGCCUUAGAUCUGGGGUCGCAGAGACAGAGGCUCGACUUCCCCAGGUACCCGCGCACCGGUGUCUGGUCGUCACAGUAGUGCCCGAGUCCCGUUCAGCCAUUCUGCGCAUUAAUUAGAUGUGGAGUUUGUCCACUAAUGGGGGCUCCCUGCCUCAGUCGCGCUGGAGCUACCUGAUCGGGGCGCCGCGCGCUGGACGGCUCCUCCACCCCCUCACGGAUCUUUCGGUGGCUAUAUAACGGUGGUGCAAUGCCAGUGCAGGCUUUUGUACUUAAGUUUUACGUGCGUCGAUACGUGCCAUUUUAGCCCAGUGUUUUAAGAUAUCGAGUUUUGUUGAACAUCGAGGACUAAAUAUACUGCAAUAUUUCAAA